AUGUUUUUACUUGUCAUAUUUUGCUUCCUAACAUAUACCAUUUCCAAAGAGAUUUCAGUAUGGAAUAACCAUGCUGACUUGUUAGAUAUCAUAGACAACGACAGAUGGGAAGACAAAUGCAGUCGUUUAGCAUUUAAAACCUUGCCAUCACAAUGUUCAAAUGGAAUUGAAUCAUUAUCUCCAUCGUUACAAAAGAAAUUUGCUUUGGAACUUUCCAUCUGUGAAUUUGAAAAUAUUGGUAUUGAGUAUCCAUUAAAUUGUAACCGACAUCUUAGAGAAUUGGACAUUGACCAAUGCAUUAAAAGUUUGGAAAAAUCACCGCAGUUUUGGACAACAUAUAGUGGUAACUAUAACAAUAUUAAAAAUGCUUGUCAUCAUUUAAGUUUACCAUUUGAAAAGGAUCAGAUAUUAAAUGUUUAUAAAAAUAUAACGAAUGUUUACCAGAAUUUGAUGAGUGAUUUACAAAAGUCACAUCAAAACAGUGAAGAAAAUCAAAAUCAUAUUGAAAAAAAGUUUAACUAUAUUAUCAAUUUAGUUGAUCAAGUUUUGAAGGAGAAAGAAAAUGAAAGGAUAAAUUUGAAUAGGUCAUAUAACGUGUUCUAUGAGAAUUUUGAUUUAUCAUUGAAAAAAGCAUCUGUUAUAAUUAAUAAUUCAUACAAUGGGGUGAGCACAAAUAUGGACGAGAUUGCUGCACAUUUAAAUUAUUUUUCAAAUGAGUUAAGAGAUGUAUAUAAAAUGAUACAGAAUGAAAGAAUGGAAUUGGAAUUGCAUCAGAAACAAUCAGCAAAUAAUAAUGUUCAAAUACUAAAUCAACAGGAAGUUGCAAUUGGCCAAAUUAAAAACAUCACUGAACAAGCAAAGCAUUUGCAAUAUUCUACCAAUGAACUUGGACAGCUUUUGAAUAAUCAGCUACUGCUAUCUGCAUUUCAAUUAAACGCCAUAAACGAUAGAUUAGCUCAAAACAUGAAUGAUUUAGAGUCAAACAAUUUGAUUAUAAAGGAUCAGUCAAGGGUAAUAGUCAGUGAUUUUUCGAAUUUAUUAAAUGAAUAUUUGAACAGCACGAGUCAAACAGUAUUGAGGGCGUUUGAGCUGGCAAUACAAAAUAGCUUAUACAAUUUGGAUCAGAAGAUUUUAAAAUCUGAGGAAUCAAUAACUAUGGUGAACGAAAGAAUUGAGAAAUUUCUCGGUAUCUUGUCAAGAUCGUCAGAUAUUUUGGAAGCUACUUGGGAAAAAUUUAAAAGCUUCACCAGCAUAUACAAUAUAUUGGGAUUGCCGUUUAAGUUAUUUUUCAUAUUAAGUAUUUGUUGGAUUUUAAUAAUGCUUAAACCUAUAUGGAAAUUGGUUUUGUUUUUUAUUAGAGGUUGUCACACCAUUGUAUUACCACUGCUUGUUGGUGUUGUUACUGCUACAAUAAGCUUAAGACUUAUAUCUUCUUUUAGAGUUUUAAAUAGUAUUGAAUAG